AUGCUGCUGGGCGCCUUCUCGGAGCUGGGCUUUGCCAGCCCGCUGCUGCGCGCCGCCCUGGAGCACGGGCUGCUGCGCACGGCGCCGGAGAUCCCCGCCGGGGCGUGCCGCCUGGCGCUGCGCGGGGCGCUGGACGUGGGCAUGGGGGUGCGCAGCGCGGCCGUCCGCGCGCUGCUCAGGCGGUGCACCAGCGAGCUGCCGCAGGUGCCGAUCGAGGAGCUGGUGCCACUGAGGGAGCUGGACGAGGUCGUGCGCGCCAGGGCGGAGGAGGAGGUGCUCGGCCUGUCGGAGGCUGCCGCCGGGGCGCUGAGCGCACUGGCCCGGGUGGAGCGCGUGCCUCUGGAGGUGCACCUGUUCGGGGAGGCGGUGGCUAUGAGGUCCAAGCGGGCCAACUGGAGCUUGGGCUGA